CUCCUCCGCUCUUUAAUCCCUACCGCAACUUAUCCACUUUACCCCCUCCCUUUCUCGAUUAUUAUAUUUCUCUCUCCUCUCGUUUUCUCUCUCCUCCCCUCUCGUCGCCGGCUGAGUGAGCGCGCACGAACGCUCACUCGCCGGAGAAAAUUUUGAAAAAUCCAGGGGGGUAGAGUGCAAAUUUCCGGGGAGCCGGGGGGCGAGAGAGGGCGGGCUCCUAUCUCUCGCACGGCACGGAUUUUGACGAGAUCCCUUCGCGGAAACCCUCUCGCUUUUUCUCUCUAGGCUAUCUCUUAUCGUGCGCUGGAUAUUUCUUAUCGUGCGCCGGAAGCUACACUCUCGGACCCUAAGUCCUCAGCUGAAGAAUUGCGAGAGAUCGGGUAUUGCAGCUUGGGAGCAAGUGUCUCUACAACCUUUGAAUUUUGUUGUUGAGGUUCAUGGUUUGGAGUUGCAAGAUGCCAUCUGAUAUUAUGGAACAGAGUCAUGCGUCCACAUUUUACAAGCCAUCAGCAUUUUCAGAGGAAAUGCGGCUUCCUUCUGAGAAACAAUUUGGACUUUGGCAGACUGCUUCCAUGCCUGAUCAUCGUGCGAGGUUAUCAUCAAAUGAUGUCUUUCUUGGUCAAUCUGUUAAUGCAUUUGAAUCCAACAUUCUGGAGGAUGAAGCUUUUGAAUCCUUAGAAGAAAUAGAAGCACAAACAAUCGGAGAUCUCCUUCCUGAUGAUGACGAUUUGCUAUCUGGAGCUAUCCACGAUCUUGGGUAUGUUUCAAAGUCGAACAUUACGGAUUUCGAAGAUGACCUAUUUUACAGUGUGGGUGGCUUGGAACUAGAAUCGGAUGAUAAUUUCAGCUGCAAGAAAGGUUCUGAAUAUAGUUAUCGUGGAGCUUUUACUUCCGGAGAAAGAGGAUUCCAUAGCCUUCCUGCCAGUGAACUCCAAUCUGGUGAACAGCUGACCAGGACUCUUCUUGUGAAAAAUAUCAAUAGUAGCAUCAACGAUAUUGAGCUGAGGACUAUUUUCGAGCAAUAUGGGGAUGUGAGGACCCUUUAUACAUUGUGCAUCCAUCGUGGAUUUAUGAUGGUAUCAUACUAUGAUAUCAGGGCUGCACAAAAUGCAAUGAGGGUUCUUCAAACCAAGUCAAUUAAGGGCCAGAAGCUUGAUAUACAGUUUUGCAUUUCAAAGCAGGAUAAUCCUUUGGAGGCAGAUACCAACGAGGGUGUGCUCAUGGUAACCAACCUCGAUCCCUCUGUUUCAAAUGAUGACGUUCUUCAUAUAUUUGGAGUUUAUGGGGAAAUCAAAGAGAUCUGUGAAAUUCCACGCAAGCAGCAUUGCAGGUCUGUAGAGUUUUAUGAUAUUCGUAAAGCUGCUUUUUCAGCUUUAAACACACGUGAAAUUGCUGGCAAGAGAAUUAAGGUGGAACCAUGUGGUCCUAGAGACACAAAAUUCCGAUCAACACGAUGUUUAUCUGUGGACCUGGAAGAUGAAGAUUCAAGCAGGCGUAGACGAGAAAGCUAUUCUCAAAAUUUGCCUUCAGAAUGCUUUGUUUCUUCUGGAUUGAUGACGCUUGGAGAAAAUACUUCCAGAGUUCUUCAUAAUGGGGAUGUCCAGGGAGUGCAUGCUUCAUUUGAAAUGCAGAAUAGAUUAUCUUCAGAGUCCAAGUUUCAUGAAAUUCCUUCUAGCAGCCCUCAUAAGUUAUCGUCUCCAGCCAGGGUUGCACUGCUUAGAAAUUUUGUCAAUCAAUCUGGCAACUUUGAGCUGAGCCAUUCAUUAGGACAUAUGAACCUUGGUUUUCAAAGCAUGCCAACCUUACCACAUGGUGGCGUAACUAGUGGUGUUCCUUUGAACUCCUCAAGCACUGUGUCAGCGAUGGCUAUAAAUGGCUAUUCAUUAGGACAUAUGAACCUUGGUUUUCAAAGCAUAUCAACCUUACCACGUGAUGGUGUAACUAGUGGUGUUGCUUUGAACUCCCCAAGCACCAUGUCAGCAAUGGCUGUAAAUGUUAGUUCCACACUAUCUCAGGGAGUUGACAAUAGAAACAUGCACAGAGUUGGUUCUGGUGGCCAUAGUGGCCAUUCUUUUGAACACACCAAAGCAGCCUUUAAUGUUUCUGGAAAUGGAAAAUACCCUCUUCAUGAGAAUGACUAUACUUGGAGUAGUUCCAAUUCAUAUCAUCAUCAACCUGGGUCUAUGAUGUGGCAGAAUUUGUCACCAUUCAUGAACAAUAGUCCUGCUCAAUCUCCCACAAUGCAUGGGUUCACUAGAGCUCCAGCUCAUAUAAAUCCUGUAUUGCCUCAUCGGCAUGUUGGGUCAGCACCAACUGUGGAUCCCUUGCUCUGGAACCAAAGACAUUCUUUGAAUGAGGAUGCUACCGCUUUCCAUCCAAGUGCUCUGGAGAAUAUGGGAUUUUCUAGCUUCUCUGAGUUGCACUCUCUGGAACUUGCUUCUCGUCAUAUAUUUCCUCAUUCUCAUGGAACAUGUGUAGACCCUUCUAUUGCCUCUGCACAUAUCGGGGUUCCUUCACCUCAGCAGAAGAGCCACAUGUUUCACGGAAGGAACCGUGUGAAUCAGACACCUAAUUUGCAUGAUAUUACUCAUGAUCGCAUGAGGAGGCGAAUAAGUGAUUCGGGUGCUAAUCAAGCAGAUAGCAAAAAGCAAUAUGAACUUGACAUCAACCGGAUUAUUCAAGGAGACGACUCACGCACCACGCUAAUGAUAAAAAACAUUCCUAAUAAGUACACGUCCAAGAUGCUUCUGGGUACUAUCGAUGAUCAACACAAAGGAACUUAUGAUUUUAUCUACUUGCCUAUAGAUUUUAAGAAUAAAUGUAAUGUGGGAUAUGCUUUUAUCAACAUGACUGAUCCACAACACAUUAUCUCAUUUUAUCAGGCAUUCAAUGGUAAAAAAUGGGAAAAGUUUAACAGUGAAAAAGUGGCAUAUCUUGCAUAUGCUCGUAUCCAGGGGAAAGCAGCUCUUAUUAAUCACUUCCAGAAUUCUAGUUUGAUGAAUGAGGAUAAACGGUGUCGCCCUAUUAUUUUCCGUUCAGAUGGUCCUAAUGCAGGAGAUCAGGAACCCUUCCCUGUGGGCGUCAAUGUCCGGUCUAGGCGAUCCAAGACAAAUUCGGAAAAUCAUCAGGAGAGCGCAUCAGACUCUUCAGGGGAUGAGUCCUCAAACCCGAGCUCUUCAUCAGCUUCUGCAAAGAACUCUGAGUGAGGGAAGCCAAUUUUCAGAGGCUUUUCUAUGAGGAAAUCAAGAUCCUCUUACAAUUUUCCUUUGGCUGUGUAUAAGGUAUAAUUUCAUCUGACAAGCUACCGCGUGGGAGGAAAAGAUUUUGAGAUUUUGUACAUGACCUAUAUCUUCCCCUUUUUUGUGUUCUUUUAACCCUUGAAGUCCCAUGAGGGGAGCUGCUAAUGUUUCUUUUUUCUCAGUUUGAGAGAGAGAGAGAGUUCUGUUCUGUUCUGAUGUAUGUAAAGAAGCCUUCUGUUGUGUAUUGUACAACAUUUUAUAUGGCAGGGUUUGUUGUAUGCAUUGUAAUUUAUUUGCCGUUUGAUUUUUGUUGUAUGCUUUUCUAUAGCUAGGAUCUGCGGAUGUUCCCAUUUUUUUGUUAUCGAAAGAGUUAAAGAGUACUGCUCUGAUGUUUGUAUAGAAA